CAAUGAAACCCGUUCCUGCUCCAUCCCUCAUUAGCAUGGGGCGUCGGCGCUGCCUAUUUAAUGCGCGCUCAGAGUGAUUGUUCUUUUCUGUUUUUGAAAUCUUCUAAGGAAAUGUUCGAGCAGCAGAAAUCAGCUCCCAAGAAGGGUGCGAAGAAAACUUUGCCGAAGCUAGUGGGCAAAAAACGUAAGAAGUCGAGGAAACAGAGUUACUCCAUCUACAUCUACAAAGUGAUGAAGCAGGUUCAUCCAGACACCGGCAUCUCUUCCAAGGCCAUGAGCAUUAUGAGUUCUUUCGUCAAUGAUAUUUUUGAACGCAUCGCAGGCGAAGCGUCCCGUCUGGCUCAUUACAGCAAGCGGUCGACCAUCAGUUCUCGGGAGAUCCAGACCGCCGUGCGCCUACUUCUGCCCGGGGAGCUGGCCAAACACGCCGUGUCGGAGGGGACAAAGGCGGUGACCAAGUACACCAGCUCCAAAUAAAGAUCCAGAGUGCGGUUAAACAAACCGAAGACCCAACGGUUCUUUUAAGAACCACCCACGUUUUCGGUAGAGUUACGAAUAUUUGGACAAAUAAUUUUAACACGUAUAUUGCUCUCAAGAUUGCUCCUGGUUUAAUUUUGUUUUGUUUUUCCACAUUCACGCAUCCGCUGUCCGGGAUAAUACAAUUAUCACCAGUGACCGCACCAUUCCAGGUAAAAUCUAGCAGGAAAACCCGGACACUAACAACACAAUUAACAGGAGGGCAUAACUUUCCUUAAAAUAACCAUUUGCCGCUGUUGUUGCCAAGGCCGGAUUCAGGUGCGCUCCCCGCGGAUACGGCGGGCAAGCUGGAUGGCUUUGAGCAUGUCGGUGACUAGCUUGGCGUGGAUGGCGCUCUGGUUGGUGUCAAAGAUCCCCACCAGGUGAGCCGCGCUAGCCUCCUGGGCAGGCUAGUAUAUUAUUUCUUGGAGGAUGAGGGGUGAUUGUAUAGAGGUGUACAAGAUCAUAAGGGGAAUAGAUAUGGUAAUGUACCGUCUUUCACCCAAAGUAGGCGAAUCAAGAACCAGAGAACACAUGUUUAAGGUGAGGGGAAUGACUGACCAGGAACCUGAGGGGAGAUGUUUUCACACAGAGCGUAAUGGGUAUAUGGAACAAACUCCCAGAGGAGGUUCGGGGAGGCACGGUGGCGCACCAGUAAAGAUGCUGCAUUGAAGGGUCAGAGACCUGGGUUCGAUCUUUUCUAUGUGUACUGUCUGAACAGAGUUUGUACGUUCUCCCCGUGACCUGCGUGGGUUUCCUUCGGUUUCCUCCCACACACCAAAGUCAUACAGAAUAAGUAAGUAAGUAAGUUUAUUGGCCAAGUAUUCACAUACAAGGAAUUUGCCUUGGUGCUCCGCCCACAAGUAACAACAUGACAUACAGUGACAGUUACGAAUGACUCAGAAAAUACUAAACAUUAAUAAUAAUAAAACAUUAAUGAUAAAACACCAUUGAUCAAGCAUGUGAACCAACAAAAUACCAGAUCAAAGGGAGGCUACAGAUUUUUGGCUGUUGAGUAGAGCAACUACUCGUGGAUAAAAUCUGUUUUUAUGUCUGGCUGUGGCAGCUUUGACAGUCCGCAGUCGCCUUCCAGAGGGAAGUGAUUCAAUGAGUUUGUGACCAGGGUGAGAGGGGUCAGAGAUGAUCUUGCCCGCUCGCUUCCUGGUCCUUGCAGUGUACAGUUCAUCAAUGGAGGGAAGGUUGCAGCCAAUAAUCUACUCUGCUGAUCGGACGAUUCGCUGCAGCCUCCAGGUGUCGUGCUUGGUGGCUGAGCCAAACCAGAUCAUGAUGGAGAAGGUGAGAACAGACUCUACGAUGGCCGUGUAGAAUUGGACCAUCAUUGCCUGUGGCAGAUUGUGCUUCCUCAGCUGCCGCAGGAAGUACAUCCUCUGUUGUGCCUUUUUGACUAUGGAGUCGAUGGUAGCCCCCCACUUAAGGUUCUUGGAGAUGAUGGUUCCCAGGAACUUAAAAGACUCCACAGAUGUGACUGUGGUGUUGUUGAUGUAUAGAAGCUGGGAUGAGUAUAGAAGCUGGGAUGUAAUGUUAAAAUUGUACAAGGCAUUGGUGAGACCAAAUCUGGAGUAUGGUGUACAAUUUUGGUCGCCCAAUUAUAGGAAGGAUGUCAACAAAAUAGAGAGAGUACAGAGGAGAUUUACUAGAAUGUUGCCUGGGUUUCAACAACUAAGUUACAGAGAUAGGUUGAAUAAGUUAGGUCUUUAUUCUCUGGAGCGCAGAAGGUUAAGGGGGGACCUGAUAGAGGUCUUUAAAAUGAUGAGAGGGAUAGACAGAGUUGAUGUGGACAAGCUUUUCCCUUUGAGAAUAGGGAAGAUUCAAACAAGAGGACAUGACUUCAGAAUUAAGGGACAGAAGUUUAGGGGUAAUAUGAGGGGGAACUUCUUUACGCAGAGAGUGGUGGCGGUGUGGAAUGAGCUCCCAGUGGAAGUGGUGGAGGCAGGUUCAUUGGUAUCAUUUAAAAAUAAAUUGGAUAGGCAUAUGGAUGAGAAGGGAAUGGAGGGUUAUGGUAUGAGUGCAGGCAGGUGGGACUAAGGGAAAAAAAAAAAUUGUUCGGCAUGGACUUGUAGGGCCGAGAUGGCCUGUUUCCGUGCUGUAAUUGUUAUAUGGUUAUAUGGUUAUAUA